CCGGUGGGCGGCCGCGGCGGGAUGCGUUCGGUCAGCUAUGUGCAGCGUGUGGCGCUCGACUUCGGCGGCAGCCUGUUCCCGCGAGCCAUCUGCCUGGGGGACGCCGACAACGACACGCUGAAUGAGCUAGUGGUGGGAGACACCAAUGGGAAGCUCUAUGUUUACAAGAAUGACGACAGCAAACCCUGGGCUGUGCGAUCUUGCCAAGGAAUGCUCACGUGUGUUGGUGUGGGAGAUAUAUGCAAUAAAGGAAAGAAUCUUGUGGUGACAGUGAGUGCAGAAGGCUGGUUUCAUCUUUUUGACUUCACUUCUUCAACUUCAAAACACCCGGAUGCUUCAGGCCACCAUGAGUUGGCAGCAGCAGAAGAGCAGAAGCCAGUGUUCAAGCAGCACAUUCCUGCCAACACCAAGGUCAUGCUGAUUAAUGACAUUGAUGGAGAUGGGAAGUGCGAGUUGGUGGUGGGUUACACUGACAGAGUGGUACGUGCCUUCCGCUGGGAGGACUUGUCAGAGAAUUCAGACCACGUAUCUGGGCAGCUGCUCCUGUUGAAGAAAUGGCUGUUAGAAGGUCAGGUGGACAGCCUGUCUGUGAACCCAGGCCCUGAUGGCUCACCAGAGAUGAUGGUGUCUCAGCCAGGCUGUGGUUAUGCCAUUCUGCUGUGCACCUGGGACUCUGAGCAGCAGGCCACGGCAGAGGGAAGAGACAACUCUGCCCCAGGCAGCGAAGGCCCUAUUCGAGACGUUAUUCUGCACCAAACAUCUGGACGGAUUCACAACAAGAAUGUUUCCACUCAUCUAAUUGGUAGCAUUGGACGAGGCUCCUCCAGUGAGAAUAGUGGCUCAGGUCUCUUUGCCCUCUGUACUCUGGAUGGGACAUUGAAACUCAUGGAGGGAGCAGACAAGCUGCUCUGGUCUGUGCAGGUUGAUCACCAGCUGUUUGCUCUGGAAAAGCUGGAUGUUACUGGCAAUGGGCACGAGGAGGUGAUUGCCUGUGCGUGGGAUGGUCAGACAUACAUCAUUGACCACAAUCGGACUGUUGCCAGAUUUCAAGCAGAUGAGAAUGUCAGCGCGUUCUGUGCAGGCCUCUAUGCAUGCAAAGGAGGAAGCAACAGCCCCUGCUUGGUUUAUGUCAGCUUCAAUCAGAAGAUCUACAUCUACUGGGAUGUGCAGCUGGAGAGAAUGGAGUCCACCAACCUGUUGAAAAUCCUGGAUUGUAACCCAGAGUUUGGAAGUCUCCUGAAGCAGCUGGGUGUGGAAAGAAGUGAUGUUUCUGCUGUCAAAAAUCUGAUUCACAAAACACUGUAUUUUCCUGAGAAAUGGCAGCAGAGCAGCACCACUCAGUGUCAGGACCCUGCUGGAAUAGACUCCUCUGCCCACUGCAGUGUCGUCCAGGAUCCCUUAUAACAAGCCACAUGGAGGCUGACAUCUUUAAUACCUGCACAAACUCUUCUGAAACUGGAAUCGGUUAUCUAAUGAAGAUGAGACUGUUCCCAUCUCUGUCAAAGUUUCCACACAGCAAAGGGCGUACAGGCCAGAUUUUGUGGCAGGAUGUGCGUGAUUGUCAGCUUGAGUGAAGGUGGUGGGUUGAUUUGUUUUUAGCUAAGGAAGCUACCAGAACAUUGCUGAGUUCAGGGUCCUGCUUAUUGGCCUUCCGUUGCCAGUUUUCAUGUUCUCUGCUAGCUAAGGCCCUUUACAGGUGACUGAGGAGGAGCACUGGGGACAUAAAUGGAGAGAAUAGCUGAGUUCAGUCUCUGUUUUGGCCUGUUCUUACAACUGCUCUGGUGAUUACUUCUGAGUUCUUAGCAGAAUCACCGUGCAGGAACUGCAGACAGAGGAAUUGAGUUAGGGAGC